AUGGGGGAGGGGGAGACGCUCCCCGAGCCCUUCUGCUUGGCCCCCGACACGGCCGCUGGGACUGAAGAGCCGGGGGCUUGCAGCCAGCGCUCCCUGUUGUCCGGCUUCCGUCCUAGCUCCGCGGGGCGCGGUCAGCACGGCUCCCAGCCCCGCGCAGCCUGGGGAUGUGCGAUUUCAGCGACGCCGCCUCUGGGGACAGCUUCGUGCAGCGUUGUCCGAGGCCACGCGGUGCUCGGCUGCGCUUUGCUAAAGCCGCCCGAUCUCCAAUAUGGCAAGCGGCCUCCCCGGCGGAGUGCCCACUGCCCUCAGCAGGGGAACGGAGAAAGGAGACAGCCUCCCCGCUCCUCUCCACUCAGUGUCCGCGUUAGCGGUUCAGAGUGCUGCCGCGCACAGAGGCCGCGCAGGAAACACGCCUGCUUUCUUUCUGGCGGAUCUCCAAAACGCAGCGCCAGACUGCGUCGGCUGCAGAGUCAGCGCCAAGGCAGAGCCUCCCACCGCCCCCAACAAACCUAG